UGCAUUUCUCGCGACUUGUGACGCUCUCUAGUUCCUGCUGCCCAAACUACUAUCCAUUCUCCCGCAACGUCACAGACCACCACUCACCGCACAUUGCAUACCGCGUUUUCCACUUUCUCGCAAUCCGAAAAUAGACGCCACAAUGCCAGCGCCCUCGCCCCUCCCAACCUGCUUAUAUAAGAUCCUGCCUUCUGCCCCGCCAUCACCCCUCCCCGCUCGUCUUCCGCUCUCAGAUCUCGACCGCAAUGACGGUUACAUCCAUCUCUCGACAUCAGAGCAAGUCCCUGGCACCGCCGACAAGUUCUUCAGCGACGUCUCGGAGCUGUGGCUACUGAAGAUCAAGUACGAGGCGCUGGCCGCGGGUACCGAUGGCGACGGGCAGGUUCAUGCGGACAAGAAGGCUGAACUCAAAUGGGAAGAGGUCGGACGAGGUUGCUUUGCACAUCUCUACGGGGCAGAUCUGGGCAACGGGAACAUCGUGAGUGCGCAAAAAGUCGAGAAGAAAGGCAGCUGGGUUGAAAGCUUGAGCUUAGAAUGGUGAGCGAGGUUUGCAUAUUAGAGGUCGACAUCUCGUGAUGGACACAACGCGAGAUUAGGGAACAUUUUAGAGUAGGGCAUGCGCUCAUGGCCGGAGAAAGAUGAACUCGAACAACGUACCUUCUGAGUCACUCGCUAUCUCUGAAGUUUCCAGCGGCCAAGUUGGAAGGCAUUUCUUCACGGUGGGGAGUGUCAACGCACCAGAAAGUGAUGAUGACCUCUAGGCGAUCGCUUCAGACCGUACUCUAUGGUUUCAAGCCAUCCAUACACAACUUCUCGCCAGGAUCCCUGAAGAUUGA